GAAAGAUUUGGCCACAUGACCGGGCGGCUGAGCGAGGAGUCAUGUGACCGGAGAAGCCGGCUCCCGCUGCCGCCGAACCAUGGGGGAGGAGGGCGAUGGGGAGCGCGCUCUGCUGGCGCCGGAGCCGGAGGUCGCGGAGGCCGGGCCUGGGGCCGGGCCCGGGGCCCGGGUCUCCCCGCUGGCCGCGCUCCGCGACCCGGCCCACCUGGCGCACCGGCUGCUGGCGCUGACGCUCAUGUGCUUCCUGGGCUUCGGCAGCUACUUCUGCUACGACAACCCUGCGGCCCUGCAGACCCAGAUCCAAGCGGACAUGCGGCUCCCCACGGCAUCCUUCAUGCUCCUGUACUCCUGGUAUUCCUGGCCCAACGUGGUUCUUUGUUUCUUUGGCGGCUUUUUGAUAGAUCGAGUAUUUGGAAUCCGGUGGGGCUCCAUCAUAUUUAGCUUCAUCGUUUGUAUUGGACAGGUCAUUUUUGCCAUGGGUGCAUUAGUUAAUGCUUUUUGGCUGAUGCAGCUGGGAAGAUUUGUAUUUGGGAUUGGUGGGGAGUCCUUAGCAGUUGCACAAAAUACCUAUGCUGUGAGUUGGUUUAAGGGCAAAGAAUUAAACCUGGUAUUUGGACUCCAACUUAGCAUGGCUAGAAUUGGAAGUACAGUGAACUUGAAUGUUAUGGGCUGGCUGUAUUCCAGGAUCGAGGCUUUGUUUGGUUUCUCUGGUCAUACAACGCUUGGCGUCACACUCAUGAUAGGGGGCAUAACAUGUGUCUUUUCAUUAAUCUGUGCUUUGGUUCUUGGAUACUUGGACUGGAGAGCAGAACGAAUCCUUCAUAAAGAACAAGGAAAAACUGGUGAAGUUAUCCAUUUGAGAGACAUGAAGGACUUCUCGUUAUCCCUGUGGCUCAUAUUUGUGAUUUGUGCAUGUUAUUAUGUGGCCGUGUUUCCUUUUAUUGGACUUGGCAAGGUCUUCUUCAUAGAGAAAUUUAAUUUAUCCUCACAAGAGGCAAGUGCAAUUAACAGCAUUGUCUACAUUAUCUCCGCUCCUCUGUCUCCUGUCUUUGGGCUGAUGGUGGACAAAGUCGGCCGGAACAUCUUCUGGGUUCUGUGCGCAGUCCUGGCCACUGUGGCUUCCCACACGCUGCUGGCGCUUACCUUCUGGAACCCGUGGAUUGCCAUGUCCCUCCUUGGAGUCUCCUAUUCCCUUCUUGCCUGUGCAUUGUGGCCAAUGGUGGCCUUUGUCAUCCCUGAACAUCAGCUGGGGACUGCAUAUGGCUUCAUGCAGUCCAUCCAGAAUCUCGGCCUGGCCGUUAUGUCCAUUGUUGCUGGUGUGAUACUGGAUCUUUGUGGGUAUUUCUUUCUGGAAAUAUUCUUCAUUGCCUGUGUUUCUGUAUCCUUUUUGGCAGUGGUUUUGCUGUACUUGGUGGACUAUAGUCGAGGAGGCAGCCUGAAUUAUUCUGCCAGGGAAAGGGCUGCGCUGUCAAAGCUGACCAACACCGAAUGAAUUUGAAGAGAAGUCACCAGCGAGGCAGUUGCGGGUGGUGCUUAGAAGAGCUGGACACUUGGGAAGUAAUGACGGGUCAGAAAAGAGAGAAAUGGCUUUUUGGAAAUCACUUUUACUGUGUCUGCAACAACUUCUUUUCAGACUUCUUUUCUCCCAGUGUAUUUCUUAAGAGCAUCCAUGACCUUCGAUCGUGUCUUUUCUGUGGUUGGCUAUGAAGGAAUUGCCUUUAACCGCCUGCUAAGAAUUUAAUAAUGAUUUAAUUAAAUUUAAUAAGGCCAGCAGGUGCUCUGGAGAGCCUGGCUCCUUUUGCCGGGGGCAGUGACUGAAGGGGAGGGACUAGCUCUGCCCAGAGUCUUUCCCUUAGGCUAUCUCUUUUUUGUAUUUUCCAAAUCUGGAAAUUUUAGUAGGUUACUUUUUUAAAAAACCAAAACCAAACAGCUCAGCACUCCCCAAGCAACCCAAAGAAACUUAAAAAUUUUAUACCAAAUAAAAUGGAGUGUAAACUGAAGUGUAUAUUGCUAAUGUUUUUGUAAUGGGGCAUAUGAAGGUGAAAGCAAUUUUUAUUUGAGGACAUUCAUGACUGGUCAUGACUGGAUCUCCUUAACUAGAUAGAGCUCUUUUUAUAUUUCUUGAUUUCUUUUUAUCUUCCAGUAGUCCUGUUGGCAAAAUAAUUUUUACAUUUCUUGUAAUUACUAAAAUAUGUAUUAAUUAAGAUGAUGAUUUUAUACCUUUACACAACUAGAUGAAAAGUUAGAGAAGGAAAAACCUAUUUUUUAUUUUAAUAAAUGUAUAAGUGAGCAUUUAUUUUUGUCUUUAUACCAUACAUAAACAACAUUUCCAAUCUCAAUCAGAAAUUAAUAGGUGAACCAGGACAGAGCAAAUGUGGACAAAUUACAACCACUGAAUUAAUUUUGAAAAUAAAUCCCUCCCCAGAUGAGUUAACAUUUACAUGUUUUAGCUUCUAGACAAAUAAGAUGUAAAUCCA